AUGGCUCACUAUUCCAAAGAAGAGAUGGAUGAAGAGUUUGAACAGUUUAUGAAAGAGCUUUCAGAUGAUUCUUUUGAAAAUUCAAACACAACACCUAGACAGACUAAAAAAGAAAUGAAGAAGAAAGAUGCAGUGCCUUGGUGGAUAACAGAAGAUGAUUUUGAAGAUGGUGAAAAUUACAGUGAUGAUUUUGAAGAUGAAGAGGAUAUUGACACACCUUUGACUACUAAAGAUGAAAAGACUCAUUGCAAAGGGAAUCUCAAAUCAGAAAAAAUAAAUGCACCCAAACAGGUAUACAUCAAUUAUAUAUUUGACAGUGUUUCUUAUGGACAAAGCAAUAGUGACAUUGAAGCCCUACAUCAGGCUUAUUGUCAUAUAGCCCAUUCUUUGGAAGAUGCAGAGGAACAAAGAAUUGAGAGUAAUGUGAUGGAAAAUAUCAAGAGUUCAGUGAAAGAUCAUCCUCAAGAAAAUGAAGAGUCUUCAAAAAACAUCUCUACUACUGAAUCAGAUCUGCCCACAGUAGAAGAGCUGAUGAAACCUAUCAAAAUCGAUUCCUUUGGGGUCAGUGGUUUUGAUUUACAACCUGUCAGCUCUAAGAAAGUGGCUGAUAGUAAAGAAAAUGAAUUUGUUAGCCCUUUACCUCUUAAUAUGAACCCAAAUGUUAUGUCUCAAGACCCACAACAUGUGAACCAAUUUUUGGACAAAAAUGAUCAGAAGGUGAUUUUACAAAAGACAACAAAUGAGGGUAUGGAAAAUAGCCAUCCAAGAGUACCUGCUACAGAAGAACAUAUUGAUAAAAUGUACCUUGAUAUUCUGAGGAAAAAAACAUCUGUUAAUCCUUCAUUAUUAAUUCAGGAUGACAAAAUUAAUAAAACUUAUAGAUCUCAACUCAGUUCUGGAGAAGAAGGGACUGUAGUUGGCAAACAGGCAUCGUACAAGAAGGUCAGAAGUGCACCUCCUUUACUUAAAAGGAAACCCCAGAGUGGAUUAUAUGCAUCAGUCAGGAGCUCCGGCUAUGGCAAACCCAGUUCACCACUCAACUUGUCUACUCUUGAAAAGAAAACUUCAAAGGAUGUUAUAAAAAGCAAAAAUUUGAGAUCCAUACCCACCUCAAGUCAAGCUAGGAAAAAAGAUUUCUGCAUUUUCUCAAAGUUAAGUAGCUUUGAAGAAACAAACAAAAAACAAAGGUGGUUACAUUUUGGAGAAACAACGGAUCCUGUCACUGGAGAAAAAUUGAAGCAAAUCCAAAAGGAAAUACAAGAACAAGAGACGCUUCUUCAAGGAUAUCAACAGGAAAAUGAAAGACUGUACUAUCAAGUGAAAGAUCUCCAAGAACAAAACAAGAAAAAUGAGGAGCGAAUGUUUAAGGAAAACCAAAGUUUAUUCAGUGAAUUAGCUUCCUUAAAAGAACAGAUGCAAAAAAGUCGUUCCCUAUCUCAAGCAGUUGAAGAUUCAGAGCCCACCAGAAACCAGAGUUUUACAGAUCUGUUAACAGAACUACGGGUGGCACAGAAAGAAAAAAACAGUUUAUUGGAAGACAUCAAAAGACUGAAACAAGACAAACAAGCUCUUGAAGUAGACUUGGAAAAAAUGAAGAAAGAGAGGAUUGAGAAACUGAAAGCUGAAUCUGGGAAUCCAUCUAUUCAGCAGAAGAUACGCUUAAAAGAUAAAGCAGUUGAUGCCAAAAAAAUUCAGGACCUGGAGCGACAAAUUCAGUAUGAACAGAGACUAGAGGAGCAGGAGCAGCUACUUUCCUACAAAUUGAAGGAAGCACCCCAGAACCAACGUGACAGCUCCUCCAGGGUUAAAACAUUAGAGAAGGAACUCAACGACAUUAAGGAAGGCCAUCAGAUCACUGUAAGAAACCUUGAAGCUGAAAUAGACAUUCUUAAACAUCAGAAUGCCGAAUUAGAACUCAAGAAAAAUAAUAAAGAUGACAAAGAUUUUCAGUCUAUAGAAUUCCAGGUGGAACAGGCACAUGCUAAAGCUAAACUGGUAAGACUCAAUGAAGAACUGGCUGCAAAAAAGAGAGAAAUACAAGACCUUUCAAAAACUGUGGAAAGGCUUCAGAAGGAAAGAAGAAUGAUGCUGUCUAAUCAGAACUCUAAGGGCAGAGAGGAUAUGUCUGCCAAAAAGGCAAAGAAAGAUGUUUUGCACCCAAGUAAAGUAAAUGCUAACUCAUACCCUGGAACCCUGGACAGCAAGCUUUACCAACCACAUACUUUUACUGAUUCUCAUAUUUCAGAGGUUUUACAAGAAAACUACAGAUUGAAAAAUGAGCUAGAGGGAUUAAUUUUGGAGAGGGAUGAGUUGAAGAUGAAAUCUGAAGCAGCAGUGAACCAAUUUGAAAACUCCAUGAAAAGGGUCAAGGAAGAUAGUGCGGCACACAUUGCAUCCCUCAAAGCAUUUCAUCAGAGAGAAGUAGAGAAACUCCUUUGCCAAAAUGCAGUAGAAAAUUCUUCUUCCAAAAUAGCUGAACUGAAUCGUAAAAUAGCAACUCAAGAGGUACUUAUAAAACAUUUCCAAAGUCAAGUUAAUGAGCUGCAACGUAAACAAGCAUCUCUUGAACUUUCUGAAGUUCGAGAAGAAAUCCUACAAAAACAGAUUACAAAACUAUUAGAAGAAUUGAAAAAAGCCAAGGAAAACCAUACUCCAGAGAUGAAACAUUUCAUGGGCCUAGAAAAGAAAAUUGAACAUAUGGAAAUGAGACAUGAGCAAAGAGAACAGGAACUUAAACAGAUAAUACAGCAAACACAACAAGUAGUAGAAACCGAGCAAAACAAAGAAAUUGAGAAAUGGAAAAGACUCGCACAGUUAAAGAAUCGCGAGGUGGACAAGUUUCGCACAGAAUUAGACUCAAUAUUAGAUGUUCUACGAGAGCUGCACCGGCAGUGGGUGGUUGUGCCAGUUGCUUUUGCAGAUGAACUGAAUGCACCAGAGUACUAG